AUGAAAGUUUUGUGCCAGUUGGUAAAAUUAGAGAUUUUCCUCCAUUUGCCGUAUUGUGGCAUGAAGGCAUCAGCGGACGACACCAAGAAGAUAUUAUUAGCCUUCAACGCAUUUCUUCUUCACCACAGGGAUGUCCGCAAUAUCACUCUAUGGUUGGACAAUUGUUCUAGCCAGAAUAAAAACUGGGCAUUAUUCUCCUUUCUUGUUUAUAUUGUGAACUCAACAAGUAUAUCCGCUGAGACCAUUCACUUGAACUAUUUUGAACCAGGUCAUACCUUUAUGUCGGCGGAUUCGUUCCACCACCAAGUAGAAGAAUCACUAAAGCGUCAAGUCAAAACAUAUGAUUUUGCAGACUUUGAGAAGGCAGUACAGUCCAGCAAUAAGGGAAACGUACAAAUCAAAUCCAUGAAACUGAAUGAUUUUCAAUUGUGGAAAAGUCUCCAUUCAGUUAGUAAAAUUAAGAAACAGGAUCCCAGUUUUACUAUGAGUAAAAUAACGGAAUUAAUGGUAAAGAGGACUGAAUUUGUGAUGUACUACAAACGCAAUUUUGAGGAAGAAUGGAAGAAACUAGAUUUUUUGCUAAAAAAAACAUAUUGGUGA